AAUAAAAUAUGUUUUGGCGCACUCUUGCGAUUGAGUCGACAUUUUUCUUUUGUCCAACUUGUCGUAUUAUUGUUGUGCAAAAUGGAAGGUGGAUAAGACACAAAAGAACUUGUUUUCAACGGAGCCCUUUAUCUAGAUUAUAUUGUCAGACCACUAAGGUUUCUAAUAUUGUAAAGGCAAGUAGCUUCUUACCAUCUCCCCCAGCUGACUUCUUACACCGAAACAAGAAACAAUUGGCUGAUGUAGAAAAUUCGACGAUACUUUCCAUAGCAGAAACUUUUAAAAGAGGAGAGUGGAAGGCUGUCGAUGUCGUCAUCGAAUACUUGAACCGCAUUCACGAAAUGGAUAAGCUGUUGGGUGCAUUCCUUACUGUCGACGCAGAGAGAGCUUUACAGAAAGCACAACUGUUGGACGAAAAGUGGAAAAAUGGUGAACAUUUGGGACCUUUGGCUGCAGUACCCGUUGCUGUGAAAGAUAAUUUGUGUACAAAGGGAUUGCUAACAACUGCUGGUUCCAGAAUAUUGGAAAAUUUUAUUCCUAGAUAUGAUGCAACCACUGUUUCUCGUUUGGAAGCUGCAGAUGCAAUAGUGGUUGGAAAAACCAACAUGGAUGAGUUUGGAAUGGGGUCAUCUACCGAACUUUCAGGUUUUCACCCCAGCAAAAAUCCUUGGGAUCCUAGUCGAGUUUGUGGAGGUUCUUCUGGAGGUUCUGCUGCAGCAGUUGCUUCAGGAAUGGCGCCUUUUGCUUUGGGUUCGGAUACAGGUGGUUCUAUUCGUCAACCAGCUUCCUUUUGUGGCGUCUGUGGACUCAAGCCUACCUACGGAAAAGUAUCUAGAUUUGGUUUGGUCGCUUUUUCUUCUUCUCUAGAUACAGUGGGUCCAAUGGCUUCUUCUGUAAUAGAGCUUGCCACAAUUUUCCAAGUAUUAGCUGGUCAUGAUUCGAUGGACAGCACUUCACUGUCAGACAAAGUACCUUGUUAUACCGAUAUGUUGCAAGAAAAGGGAGCUUUGGAUUUGAAAGGUAUAACGUUGGGAGUAGUUUAUGAUGAAAGAAUGUUGUCGUUGGAAGGUUUCCGUAAUAUUAAUGGAACUGGUGUGGAAGAUCUUAUGCGUUGUUUUCAAGAGUCGAUCAGAGUAUUGACUCAUUUGAAUGUCAAAGUAGUUCCGAUAUCUUUGUCAUUUUUAGAAGAAGCAUUGGCGGCUUAUUAUGUGAUUGCACCAUCCGAAGCUUCUUCCAAUUUAGCUCGAUAUGAUGGAGUUCGUUUCGGAAUCAGACAGUAUGCAUCUCAUAUAUCGGAGUUGUAUCAAAAGAGUCGAGGAAUGGGGUUGGGAAGUGAAGUGAAAAGGAGAAUUUUAACGGGAACUUUUGCCUUAUCCACUGGAUAUUAUGACGCUUAUUAUCGGAAAGCAUUACAAGUAAGGCAACUUAUUUCACAACAAUUCGAGAAUCUAUUUCAACAGUUGGAUAUUAUCGUUUGUCCAACCACACCUUGUGCUGCUUUCGAGUUGGGAGAGAAGAUGGAAGAUCCCGUGAAAAUGUAUAUGGAAGAUUUGUUAACUAUUCCUGCAAGUUUAGCGGGUUUACCUGCAGUGAGUAUUCCUAUGGGUUUCGAUUCUGAUCACAUGCCAUUGGGUUUACAGUUGAUUGGAAAUCGACAGAGAGAAGAUAUUUUGUUUCGAGUGGGUCAUGCAUUUCAAUUAGCUACGAAUUGGCAUCGUCAUCGACCUUUGAUAUAUCGGAAUUAUGUUUCAACAACCGAUACAACCACACAUAACACAUCUUUACCAUCGUAAUUGAGCUUGUGCUCAAUGCUCAUAGAAAUAAAGAGAAAGAUCGUGUUCCAGUCGAUCGAUCAGUUUUCGAUAUUGGUUGACAGAAAUUUCAGAUAAGAUACCCAUUUCAUUUUGUACAUGAUAAAAUUCUUCAAUCACGGCAAUCAAAUGAAACAACACUGUUUUAGGAAGAUAUUGUAAUAAAACCUACAAAUUCAGA